CCCAUCAAAAAAAUGUCUGAAUCUCGAAUGUCAUUUUCAGUCUGACAAUUGUAGAAUAAGUGAAAUUCGUAUUGAUUUACUUCCGAAAACUGUGACUUUUUAGUUCAAUACAUUAGAUUCACGCUUACAAUAUGAGUGCAAACGCGGGUGAACAACUAACAUUGGCUAGAGACAUUAAAAGAGCCAUUGAGCUACUCGAGAAGUUGCAGCAAAGUGGUGAAGUACCAGCAACAAAAUUAGCAGCUUUGCAAAAGGUACUGCAAAGUGACUUCCUAAACGCUGUUAGGGAAGUUUACGAGCAUGUUUACGAGACUGUGGACAUUCAAGGUUCAGCGGACAUUCGUGCUUCUGCGACGGCCAAAGCAACAGUGGCUGCUUUCGCUGCCGCGGAAGGCCAUGCCCAUCCUCGAGUUGUAGAGUUACCCAAGACGGAGGAAGGGCUUGGAUUCAACGUAAUGGGCGGUAAAGAACAAAAUUCUCCCAUAUACAUUUCGAGAAUCAUACCCGGUGGAGUUGCAGAUCGUCAUGGAGGCUUGAAGAGGGGUGAUCAGUUACUUUCGGUCAAUGGAGUGUCUGUGGAAGGUGAGAACCAUGAAAAAGCUGUUGAAUUGUUGAAACAGGCUGUUGGGUCUGUGAAACUUGUUGUUCGUUACACUCCAAAAGUAUUGGAGGAGAUGGAAAUGAGAUUUGAUAAACAGCGAACUGCUAGGCGACGUCCAACUUACAACUAAUUUGAUAUGCACAUAAAGAAUGUGUAUUUUACUAUAAUGAAUAUUUAUUUGUUUUACUUUAUAUAGAUGUGAUAGAAUUGUGUAAUCUAUAGUGGUAUAAAUUUAUUACUAACAUUACUAAAAGUAUGAUACUGCACUUUUGAUUAUUUUAGGCCAUAAAAUAAUUUUAACUUUAGGACAUUGUGCACAAGUUGAUAGCAAGUUGUUUGGUUGCAAGUUAUAAGAGCAUUUUGCAAAUUUGAAACAUGUAGUAUUAAAUGAUUGUAUAACCUGAUGCGUUCAUAAUAUACCAUUUAAGUUGUGCAUAGGUCAUGUGUAUAUUUUUAUAAUUUUUAUUAGUGUUUUUACCUACACUUGGAGGUAUUAUCAAUUUUA